GCAUGUGGCCGCGGACCCCGCCCGCGAUUUCACACCUAAGAGAAGACUCCUCAAUCGAGCCUACCCUUUUCAAAGGAUUCCGGCGGAGCUCCGGUUAUAUCCGGCGAUUCUCGAUUCUCGGACUCUAGAGCCACCAACGAUGGCGGCGGCGAAAACCGAAGGCCAGGCGUUCCUCCAGCGGCGGAACACCAUCUCGGCAGUGGACUCCGGGACGCCCCGCGUCUCCUUCCGGUCCUCGCAGAGCUCGAGCUUCACGAUAGCCGAUAGGCGGAACGGGUUCACCAACGAGCUGGUCGACUGGAACCUCAUCUCCAUUCCCAGGCAAUCCUACACGAGCCUGAAGGACCUCCUGCAGCAGACCUCAUCCGUCGGAACUCCCUCCCCAACCGCCGGGGACCGGUGCCCGUCCGCCGGAUCUUCCAUGUCCGACGGGCGCGACCUCCCGAUCCGCAACCGACUGGUGAAGCAGGCGGCCUGGGCGUACCUCCAGCCGAUGGCUGCCUCUCCGAGCAACUCCGGCCGGGAUUGCUUCGGGCAACUUUGGUCGAUGAACCCGCGGAACUCGUGCGUCGGCUUCCUGAGGGAGCGUGUUUUCCCGAUCAUCUCUGGGGCGUUGCAACGCCUCCUCCGGUUCUUCCGGCAAUGGACAGGCCGCUACCGGUAAUUUCAUGACCGCUAGCGGUUUUUUUCUUUUCAUAUUUCUUCCUCUUGCCAUUUUUAAAAGGGUUGGUGGCGGUGAAAUCGGCAACUGUAACUAGUCGUUUCGUAAUUAUGGAAGUUCUUGUUUGGAUUCCGAAAAGCAUACUGAUUCUCAGAGGGAUGGGAAUCAAUGAAUUGCAUUAAUUAGGAUUUCAUACCA